GCAUUUUUGCUAUUGUUAUGCAUUUUGUACAUUUUCAUUCUGCAAUCUAUUGUUUUAUUAUCCGGGUACCUUUUAUCCGGUUAUCCCAUUAUCCGUGCAGCUCGGACCAGUACCAAUGAUAGCAAGAAAUAAAAGCCACAACAGGCAAUUAUACUAUUUGCUCAAGUUAUGCUCAAACAGAACAGAUUUAUUUUGCAAAGGGCAAAGAAAAUUAACAUCUUGCUUAACACACUAAACACUAAUAUUUAUCAAUAAACAGAUUUGUUUGAUCCGAUGAUCCGUGAUAUUCGUUUAUCCGGCAAUGGCUGUGUCCCGAUGAAGACGGAUAAUCGGCGUUCCACUGUAUAUGGUUCCAUGCGGCUCACGAAAAUAUCGUUUCUAAGUUUCAAGCCAAUGUCUCACCGUGUUUAUUAAAUAAAUCUGACAUUACAUUACAAAAAAAAACAGAUUCAGAUGGAUAAACAACAUUCAAAAAUAAAAGAAAAAAAAUUUGGCGUUCAUCUUUUCGGUUACAUAACUGACUGCUGAAAUUUGGUCGUUUUUUCAUGAAGAUAGAGUAUGAAGAGAUUGAUCGUGAAUGAGGUGUGAACGAGACAGUUUGAAAAAUUUCCUUAGUUUGACAUAAUUAAAAUUAAAAAACAUAAUUAAAAAGAUGUCUCCAGGCCAUGUCUACACGACGUGCUCGACCGUGAGCAGGCCAGAUAAGAAUUAAAAAGAGAACAUGCUUCCUUAAUCCAUACUGUUUUAUUUUUGUGUGUGUGAAUUUGCACACAUAUGACAAGAAAGUCAACCCGUAAAUCUUGCGUUUAUAUAUGUAGGUGUUACAUUCCAUGUAACCAUGGUUACAUUCCAAGCAACCAAUGACAUAUUCAGAACAUUUUUUGGCUAGCUGCCGCUAGGAGCAAAUUGUCAUGUUUUUUCUCGUUCUAUCAAACUAACCAAAGCGAAACAGCAUGAUGAUUUUGCUCGUUGUCUCGUUGAGUUGCGUCCAACAAUCGCAGUAGCAUGCGCAUAUCCGGUUAUUCAGGCCAGUGUACAAGAGGCAUUACCUUAAAAGUAAAGACGUCAAUUACUAACGGCCGAGUACAGAUUGGAGCAGCAGCACUUUUGGGAACAUGGCAAGUAACAAACGAAACACGUUCCAGCUGACCAAUAGCAACUUCCGAAUUGGGAUGUUUGUGAGUGCUCCUGGACAUCCAGUUGCUCUCGUUCUUGGUGAAUGUAACAACGGUCCGACACAUAAGAUCCUGUUGCUGUCCAGUGGGGAACUCGUAACGCAGCCCGUGGGGUUGUGUCGCAUCAUUGAGCCACCAGCAAAUCCCAAUCGCUCCAUUUUCAUGAAUAGACGGGUGCGUGUCACGAGCGGAGAAAUGGAGGGCGUGUACGGCGUGGUGCUUGGAAUCCACAAUGACCUAGCUUAUGUAUGUGCCUUGGAGGGUUUAGAAUUGGUCGGUAACACUCCAAGGAAUCCUACCGACGACGUCUGCUACUUCUUUGAAAAUGUGUCAUUCCUGAAAAUUGUGACAGACGAAAACCCGCCACGAAUGUGAAUGUCGGCAUGUGUAAUUUUACCAUUGUAAUGUAUUAUGCACUAAAGCACAAUUAGAAAAACUUGAACGAUCUGCGUACAGUGUUUUUAAUUCUAAUGCCAACACAUGGUGUAAUACUUUCGCAUGAAGUUUUGCGAACGCCAGUUACCAGGUAAGCAGUAGAAUCCUUUUCCUGCAAGUGUACAGAGGCAGUGAAUAAAAGUUUUAACUUUAUAUUUACCUCUAUAUUCAAACGAAUUAUCAGCAAUAAUUGUGCAAUACGAACCGUGUGAGCGUACAUCUUCUCUACCGACGUAUCACAAAUUGAUUAAUUCUUUCAUUUUAGAAAUAUUACUUACUAGCGCCUAUAAAGUGUGCUAGUGAAUCCGCGAAACGCGUCUAUCCGACUUUUAGAAAUGAAAAAUGAAUUGUUAAUUUAUUUCUAUUCUGCUGUUUACUUUAGAAACAUUUAGUUGAAAAUGCGUUAACCCUUCCUAGCGUUAAAACAAUUGCUUUCUUUUACGUGUUCACUUAAAAGGCUUUAAAGCUCAAAAUGUUACGAUGGAAACUUAAAUACUGGGUACCAUUUUACUAGUUUGGUGAUAAAACAAAUUGAUCGAUUCAACUAGCACUGCACGCUAUCCUUCUCAUCCGGCGCUAUCGUUU